AUAUAUGCCCUCGGCCUAUCCAUCAUCUCGAUAGUUGGUGGGACGAAAUUGCAGGCCACAAUCUCUAUCAACUUGACCAUUAUCCUUGUGGUCGCCUUUUUUAUUUCUGCUCACCGCACUCUGUGGCCCUUUAUACUCACGCAUCCAUCAUCAACGCCGAUGCCAGGCGUGCUACAGUGGAUAGAGACGGCCUUGCUGCUCUUCUCGGGUAUUCUAUUGCCGCUCCUCUCGCCUAGGCAAUAUAUUCCUUUCGAUCCAAAGGAGCCCGUUUCUACGCCCAAUUUCGAACAAACCUCGUCCAUUUUGUCCCUUCUUACGUACCACUUCCUUGACUCGAUCAUCUGGAAGGGCUAUCUCAAUCCCAAAAUCUCAUAUGACGAACUGCCUCCUCUAUCCGAUUAUGAUGACGCAAGGAAUCUGUUGAAACGAGCGAGCUUGGUAUCCAUCAUAAAGUCUCCCCCGCUAUGGUCCUCCCUAUUCUCAAUGAUGUCACUCACAGAGUACGAAUACAUCGAGAUGGCGGUCUUACUCGUCCUCGGAGCUGCCUUCAUGGUCCUCAACCCCUUAGCUAUCCAACAACUUCUCUCAUCCUUGGAGAGGCACGACAAGGACUUGGGCGUGAAGACUUGGGUCUGGAUCGUCCUACUAUUCGUAGCUCCGACCUGCUCUUCGAUCGUGCUCGAGCGAAACCUCUUUGUUGGAACUACGACCUUGGUCCAAAUGGAGUCGAUACUCACGCAGUUAAUGUACAAACAUACGCUCCGCAUCCGGGCCCAAGCGGACGCGUCUCCUUCAUCAGAACCAUCUGCUGCGGGCUCUUCGAAAGGACGUCCGGACGGUAGUCCUCACGGCCAGAAUAUCCAAGGACGGAUCAAUAAUCUUGUUAUGACGGAUAUGGUGACCAUUGCGCCUGGAAGAGUCAUGACGAUCCUUUUAUGGACACCGUCUUUGGUGGUAUUGAGCGUCUGGUUCCUAUACGGGGCGUUGGGCUGGAGUGCAUUCGUCGGCAUUGCUGUCAUGAUCACACUUAUUCUGGUCCCGGGAAACGUAGCGAAGGUGCUGCAGAGCACUGAGCGGGAGCUUAUGAAGAAGACGGAUGCUCGUAUUCAAACCAUCACGGAAACAUUGAACAUCCUGCGUAUGAUCAAGCUCUUUGGAUGGGAGUCGAAGAUCAACGAACGCAUCUCUGACAAACGUACCGACGAGCUCCGGCUGAUUAGGAGAGGACAGCUACUUGCGUUGGUCAGCAGGAGUCUCAACUAUAUCAUCCCUCCGUUGACGAUGAUCGCGACAUAUUCAAUCUACGUGAGUCUUCCACCGACCCGAUUGUGCAACAACUCCAUAAUGUUUUCCUUUCCGUUCGAUAUCCUUCGGGAACAGCUGAACCAGAUCUUUUGGAUGGGACCAAAGUUAAUCGCAGGCAAAGUGUCCUUGGAUCGUCUUAACAAUUUUCUCCACGAUACGAGCCUCUUAGGGAGAUCCACCAAUGUCGGGGCUACAAACGCUAUGCGAGCUCCCAAGGACGACGUGAUCGGUUUCAAUGCGGUGACUGUCUGUUGGGGAGAUAGCCAAAAUAUUGACCACCCAGUAACGCCAAGAAACGGGGAUUUCGCACUUCGGAUAGAGCAGGAGUUGAUGUUCAAGAAGGGUGUGAUUAAUCUAAUUACUGGCCCCACAGGAUCUGGUAAAACAUCCCUCCUCAUGGCUUUCCUUGGCGAAAUGCGCUGCAUCCCUAUGACUCCAGCUUCCUGGUUCAACCUUCCUCGCGAUGGAGGUGUGGGGUACGCCGCGCAAGAGCCGUGGAUUCAGAAUAUGACGAUAACGGAUAACAUCUUAUUUGGAUCCCCUUACGACGACGCACGCUACAGGCAAGUAAUCCAACAGUGCGCCUUGGAACAAGAUUUGAGGCUAUUCGAAGCGGGUGAUAUGACAGAAGUAGGUGAGAAGGGGUUGACACUGAGUGGUGGUCAAAAGGCCCGCUUGAGUCUCGCCCGUGCGAUUUACUCAAACGCAGAGAUCCUACUUCUCGACGAUAUCUUCGCAGCUCUGGAUGUCCAUACUUCACGAUGGAUUGUCGACAAGUGUCUCAGAGGCUCUAUGGUACGAGGGCGUACAGUGUUACUUGUGACCCACAAUGUAGAUAUUGCGAAGCCUAUCGCUGAUUUCGUGGUCACUCUUGGCGCGAAUGGAACUACUUCGUCAUAUGACACUGUGCCGGAAGCGUCGAAAUACCAACAUGAUCACUUGGAGGGGACCAUUCAUGCAGAGAGCUCGACUCAUACCUUUCCAGAUAACAAUGAACACACAAAGGUUCAAACGGAACAAACGAUCCUGAAUCCGAUCUCGGAUGGUACGCUGAUAAAGGAGGAGGAGGUUGGUGUGGGACAUGUCAGUUGGUCUGCGCUGAGGCUGUACUUUGCCAGCCUCGGUGAACAAUGGAACGUAAUUUUUUGGCCCAUCUUCUUCAUCGUCGUGCUGGUGAAGCACCUUGCCGCCACGGCUGAGACGUGGUCACUUGGGUACUGGUCCCGGCAGUAUGAGACACAACCUGCUUCUGAAGUCAAUAUCAUCCGCUACCUCUCCCUAUAUAUUAUUUUGGUGGCCGCUGCUCUGGUCUCUUUCAUCGGAGCGAAUCUCCUAUUCAUCCUUGGGUCUCUUCAUGGGUCGAAGUCUAUUCACCGCCGCCUUCUCAAUUCGAUCUUAGGGGCAACGUAUCAGUGGUUAGAUGUUACCCCCGUCUCUAGAGUCAUUACUCGUUGUACCCAGGACAUACGAGCGAUCGACAGACCCAUCCCGGAGAUGUUCCUCCAGCUCACCGAGAUGACCUUCUCGCUCAUGACGAAGCUCGGUACCGUCGUAUUCCUCACUCCAGUAUUUAUCUACCCAGGGAUUCUUGUCUUUAUCCUCGGUGGAUUAUGCGGAAAACUAUAUAUUGGAUCACAGCUCGCUAUCAAGCGACAACAAAACGUCACCAAAGCCCCAAUCCUAGCGCAUUUCAGUGAGACGCUGUCUGGAUUGGCCUCGGUUCGGGCUUAUGGAGCAGAAUCUGCGUUCAUCAAGGAGCUGCAGCGACGAUCAGACAGGUACACCCGAGCGUCCAGAACUUUCUACAACCUCAAUAGAUGGAUUUCGUUCCAUAUGCAAACACUCGGUGCAUUGUUCCUGACAGGCAUUGCGGCUUACCUUGUCUACGUUCCGCGCCAUGGGGAUAAACAGGCGUCCUACACUGGCUUUUCCCUGAAUAUGGCCGCUGGAUUCAGCUCGCUGAUUCUCUGGUGGGUGAAAGCCUUGAAUGAGUUCGAGAUCCAAGGUAACAGCGUGGAGCGUAUAGCACAAUAUGUGGCCAUUAAACAAGAGCCACAACCUACGGAAGGCGGUACUCCCCCUGCAUAUUGGCCCUCCAGCGGUGAUCUUAGGGUGGAUAAAGUGACAGCCCGAUAUUCCGUAGAUGGGCCUGCGGUACUGAAGGAGAUUUCGUUCCAUAUCAAGUCUGGCGAGCGUAUCGGCAUUGUCGGGCGCACUGGAAGCGGGAAGAGUUCCUUAACACUGUCACUCCUGCGAUGCAUAGUGACCGAAGGAGAUAUAUAUUACGACGGCCUUUCGACUAGCUCCGUCAAUCUGGACGCCCUUCGAUCCAACAUCACUAUCAUUCCACAAGUGCCCGAGCUCUUGCGGGGAACACUGAGAGAGAACCUUGAUCCCUUCGGUGAGCACAGUGACGCUAGAUUGAACUCGGCCUUGCGCGCUUCUGGGUUCUGCUCUCUUCAUGCCCAUGAACGAGAAAGGCAUUUUGGUUUGGAUACACAUAUAUCCGGUGCAGGAGCCAACUUGUCAAUCGGCCAAAGGCAGAUUCUCGCUCUCGCUCGUGCCUUCUUGAGAGGUAGCAAGCUGUUCAUUCUGGAUGAGGCUACAUCCGCCAUUGACUACGAGACCGACAAUGUGAUCCAGAAGUCACUUCGAACGGAGUUGCCAAAAGAUGUCACCGUUAUCAUAGUCGCUCAUCGCCUCCAGACUGUUAUGGAUGCUGAUAGGAUCAUGGUCUUGGAUGCGGGCCGUGUCGCCGAGUUCGAUGCCCCUUCAACGCUCCUGCGGACGAAAGGUAGCAAGUUCCGCGCCAUGGUGGAUGGAAGUGGAGAAAGUGCUGAACUCCAUGCUAUCGCCGAGAGCAAGCACUAG